UGUGUCCAUUGUUGGUCUCAGAAAGGCCAUCCAGUUCCCUUAGAACUGACAGCAUGACCUCUUUAUCCUCAAUUGGAUGGACUGAGUCAAUGCUUCCAUCGAGGUGCAGUGUCUUCAUGUUGGCUUCAUCUAGAGCAGAGGCACUGCCAGAGCAGAGAUUAGACCUCUCUUGAUGUUCAAAAUAUUGACUGGUUCAUCAUCCUCAGGAAACAACUUGAUGUCAUCAUUUCCCUCAACGGUGAACUUCAGUGGGUUCCUGAGAAUCGAGAUCAGGGAGCAGCAAGGGUCUGGGAAUCAUCUGUGAGAGUGUUUCGUCAUGGGUAAACAGAACAGCAAGUUGCGACCCGAGGUCCUCAAUGACCUGCGGGAGAACACUGAAUUCACGGACCACGAGCUGCAGGAGUGGUACCGCGGCUUCUUGAAGGACUGCCCAUCUGGCCACCUAACGGUAGAGGAAUUCAAGAAGAUCUAUGCCAAUUUCUUUCCCUACGGUGACGCUUCGAAGUUUGCAGAGCACGUCUUCCGCACCUUCGACACCAACGGCGAUGCCACCAUUGACUUCCGGGAGUUCAUUAUUGCCCUGAGCGUGACCUCACGUGGAGGUCUGGAGCAGAAGCUCCGCUGGGCCUUCAGCAUGUAUGAUCUGGAUGGCAACGGAUACAUCAGCCGAGCUGAAAUGCUGGAGAUCGUACAGGCGAUUUAUAAAAUGGUGUCAUCUGUGAUGAAGAUGCCUGAGGAUGAGUCGACGCCAGAGAAACGCACAGAUAAGAUAUUUCGACAGAUGGAUACGGACAACGAUGGCAGACUCUCUCUGGAGGAAUUCAUCAAAGGUGCCAAGAGUGACCCCUCUAUUGUCAGACUACUGCAGUCUGACCAAAGCACCUCUCGGCAGUUAUAAAUACAGAUCUUAAAAGCAGACAGGAAACUACACUGAAAAGGCAAGAUUUUACUUAGACAUGUUGUUUGAAUUAUUAAUGAGACACUUGUAUCUUUCCUGCUUAAAAAAGCACUUGUUAGUGGGUGGUGACCAGUUUCAUCAGUAUUCCAGCCUGUUUUUGGAAUUGAAUUGCUGAGUUGUCAUAACAUCUGGGCUCGGUCAGAAUUUUGAAGAACCCUUGAAAUCAAUUGGCAAAAUUGAGAUAUUUACAUUUAUAUUUUAAAGGGGUCAUAUGAUGUGAUUUCAAUUUUUCCUUUCUCUUUGGAGUGUUACAAGCUCUUGGUGCAUUAAGAAGAUCUGUAAAGUUGCAAAGACUAAAGUCUCAAAUCCAAAGAGAUAUUCUUUAUAAAAGUUAAGAGUCAACCACUCCCCCCUAAAACGGCUCAUUCUAACAUGCCUCCACGUCUUCGUCACGAUGUGGGAAGAUUUGCAUAACACUGCCCAAAUGUUCACGCAAAGAAAGAAGGGAUAACUUUUAUUCUCGCUGUUGCCACCGGCAACAUGUCAUGGAGAAGCUGUGUUUUGUUGUGAAAGCAAAGUUACUUUGUUUGGCCUUCCAAAAGAGAACACAACUAGAAAUCAGUGGUUAAGUUGUAUUUACAACACUGUUCCAGAACAGUUCAACCCAAAUAUUCAGAUGUGUGCAGCGCAUUUUGCGGAGGAAAAUGAUUGUUUCCUGUGAGAACAGCCUACAAUGCAGGUGUCUGUUUCUAUAAAGUGGGACAAUUCCAACUUCGCAAGGACAGGCGUUUCUGACUCACAGUCUGUAAGUUUUAAAGAAUUUGCCACUGAUGAUUCAAAUGUGUGUUUUCAGCAGUGUAGAGUAGCGCUUGUUGUUUUUUCUUUCUCCGAUCACAAAUGCAGACAUGGUUUUAUGUUUAUGCAGUGCGAUACGCAAC